UUGCGCAUGUUCGCUAUAAUCAACACCCGUACUCUUAUCUUGUUCGGCUUCGGCGUUUUGGCAUAGUAUCGGGCGCAACGGGUUGAUGGUCGUAGCUGUUUAUUCGUGUGUCGUGCGCGCGGAAAAUAUAACACACACACAAACGGAAGAAGAAAAUUGAUUUUUUCAUCGCCGGCCUUGUACUUAACGAACACACUGCUCACAGCCACAUUAAUAAUACCCUACAUGAUACAUGUUUACCGGAAUGCGUAAUUCAACAUGGGGCUUUCGUCCGAAAAUAGCUCACUGCCAAGAGUCACACAAUGGUUAUCUAAAGCGAGCAACUACAGAACAACUGUUGGAAGUGUUCAACAAAUAUGCCACUGUUGAGAAGCAAGGCGAGAAAUAUAUCAAUUCUGUAGACUUCUUAAAAAAUUACAUUGGCAUAUUAAAUGAACCGUCCAGCGACUUGGAUUCUUUGCGACUGUUGAGUGGAAUUGUUGAUACUAACAAAGAUGGACUCAUUUCCUUUGCGGAAUUUCAAGCAUUUGAAAGUCUAUUGUCUGAACCAGAUGCUUUAUAUAAAGUUGCAUUUCACUUAUUUGACAUAAAUGGCAACGGAGAGAUUUCCUACGAUGAAUUUGUGUUAGUUAUUAAAAAAACUGAACUGUACUUGAAGAUACCUUUCAAUUUGGAUAGUCAAUUUAUGAAAUUGUAUUUUGGAGAGAAAAAAAAUCGGCUUAUUAACUAUUCAGAAUUCGCUCAGUUUUUGCAUGAUUUUCAUGAAGAAUGUGGAACUGAAAUUUUUCGUAUUUUUGAUAAAUCUGGUUCUGGUUUCAUAUCUGCCAAUGAUUUUCAAGAAAUAAUGCUUUUGUCCAAAAGCCAUUUAUUAACUAGUGGUGUUCGAGAUAACUUAUUACCAGCUGCAGGAGGAGGUCAAGGAGUACAUCGUGUUAGUUUUCCAUAUUUUAUGGCUUUCAUAUCACUUUUAAAUAACAUGGAACUUGUCAAACGUAUUUAUUUAAAUGCCAGUAAUGAAAAUCGGAAUCGGGAAGUUACUAAAGAUGAAUUUUUGUAUUCUACUCAAGUUAUGUCUCAAAUUACUCCAUUAGAAGUUGAUAUAUUAUUUACCUUGUGUCAUCUAUUACAUCAAAGAGCUGGCAAGAUUAUUUAUAACGACUUACAAUCAAUAACGCCAGAACAGUACUAUAAAGAAAUACAUAAUCGUAGAAUAGCUGAAAUCCAUGCAGUAUCUAGUCCAUCUGAUAGAGGAGUUUUUAUUCAAGUAUUGGAGAGCUUGUACAGAUUCACUUUGGGCUCAAUAUCUGGAGCUAUUGGUGCUACAGCAGUGUAUCCAAUUGAUUUGGUUAAAACUAGGAUGCAAAAUCAAAGAGCUGGUUCAUUUAUUGGUGAACUCAUGUAUAGAAACAGUUUUGACUGUUUUAAAAAAGUAAUAAGACAUGAAGGAAUAUUUGGACUUUAUCGAGGUCUAUUGCCUCAGCUGAUAGGUGUUGCUCCUGAAAAAGCGGCAAAGCUCACAGUUAAUGAUUUAGUGCGGGAUAAGUUACGUUCAGAAAAUGGAGAUUUGGCUGUAUCUGCAGAAAUAAUUGCUGGUGCUUGUGCAGGAUUUUCACAAGUUAUAUUUACCAACCCUUUGGAAAUAGUAAAAAUUCGUUUACAAGUUGCUGGUGAAAUAGCAUCUACACAAAAAUUGAGUGCUAUUACUGUUAUUAAAGAAUUAGGUUUCUUCGGUUUGUAUAAGGGAGCUAAAGCUUGUUUCCUACGAGACAUACCUUUCAGUGCUAUUUACUUUCCAGCAUACAAUCAUGUAAAACAGGCUUUUGCUGAUGAAAAAGGUUAUAAUCAUCCAUUAUCACUGUUAGCUGCUGGUUGUAUUGCUGGUGUUCCAGCUGCAUCAUUAGUGACACCAGCAGAUGUUAUAAAAACUCGACUGCAGGUUGUAGCACGGAAGGGCCAAACUACUUAUAAUGGAUUGGUCGAUUGUGCAAUGAAAAUUUAUAAUGAAGAAGGACCAAGAGCAUUUUGGAAAGGAACAGGCGCUCGUGUAUUCCGCUCUUCGCCACAAUUUGGAGUGACACUUUUGUCUUAUGAAAUUCUACAAAGAUUGUUUUAUGUAGAUUUUGGAGGCUCCCGUCCAUCUGGUUCAGAAAAAUUAGUUUCAGUACAUGGUGCUGGUGAUGGAAUCACUCCUUCAAAUCCAGAUCAUAUUGGAGGUUAUCACGCAGUUCUUCCGAUAUUAGAAGGAAUAGAGUCUAAAUUUGGUCUUGUAUUUCCGAAAACUAAAUCAGAUAAAUAA